UUCACUCCCACAUCUAAGCAGAGAAAGUCUCGGUAAGUCCCGCUGCCUCUGAAGGGAUGCUGUAGAGGGACAGAUAUCACAAUACAAGGUGUCCCUAAAAGCUUAAAAACAGAUUGUCAAGAUGACAGCCAUUGAGAAUAAAGAGGAGAUCAGUGACACUGACAGUGGGAUUAUCUUGCACUCUGGUCCAGACAGCCCAACGUCCCCGGUGAAAGACCUGAGCACACACACCAGAGCCCUGAAGCUGAAGCACCAGUCUCUGGAGGAGCAUCUGGAGCUGUGCCUGCUGGAGCUCAGAAAGCUCUGCAUCAGGGAGGCAGAGCUGACAGGUAAGCUGCCUUCAGACUAUCCUUUGAUGCCCGAUGAGAAGCCACCCAGAGUCAGAAGGAGAAUUGGGGCUUCCUUCAAACUGGACGAAGGUCUGAUCCAUCUGGAUAAACAGGAUUCAGAGUUGCAAGCGCUGGAAACUGACUUAGCCCUUCAGCAGCAGAUUUAUGAGGCGACUCGCAAACUCUCCCUCGAGGAGCACCUCAGUAAACCACAGAAGAAGAGCCGGCUCCAGCAGUGCAAGAGGGAAGAGAAGAAAGUGAGGGAACUGCAGGAGGCCGUGUUCCAGCACAGGAUCAAGAGUGAGUGCAACUCACCGUGCAUCACCAUCUCAACCAGCCAAAGCAAAGAUCUGGGCAUGUCUGAUGACAGCUCCUUGUCUGAUGUGGUGGCCCUGGAUGAUGAUGUGGACUCGCCCAGUGAUCUCUCUCCGCCGGUGUUGGACACCUCCUACUCAGACCCCCUCCAGCUGUCAGCCCAGACCCUUCAGUUGUCCCAGCAGUCACAAAGCCAGCUCAGCGUGGAGUACCAGCGCUCCCCCAUCCAGAAUUCACCAUGGAAGGAGUCCAGUCUGGAUCAGCCUUACCAGAAGGCCCCUAAACCUCAAUCUGCAUGUAGCAGCAGGUCAAGUAGUCCUGCAGGAACCCAGGCAUCUGGAGAGAGCUGUAGGAUUCCCCUCUCGCAGUUUAUCAAGAACUCAGCCCUGCGUCACAACCACUCCACCAGCGCCCCCUCCACCCCAGAGCUGCACGUACGCCGACAGUACUCCCAGUCCUUCAGACUACCCAAAGGUAAGCCAUCUGUUGACAAGGAGCGCCUCAGCUCGGAGAACAAUCGAGGGCGAGCAAGACUGCCGCAGCGGCGUUGUGCAGCCGACUUCAUGGUGCGUUCUCCAGAAUACUCCCCCCUUCGCCCUUACCAGUCCAGCUCUGAGGACAGCAGCUCGGAGCAUUCCUCCUCCUCCUCCUCCUCCUUUAAUAGCUCUCCUGGCCAGGACAGACCAACUGAGAUCCCAAAGCUCUGCCCGCCACCUUAUGGAUUCCACAUUGGAGCACAAAAAAAGGGGCUCUCCAGCCUGACCGGCAAGAACACCGGCCAGUCUCAGUCCAGCCUCAGCUACGCCAGGGCCAUGGCAGAAGAUGGUCCCCUCUCCCCUCAAGACCUGGACAUGGCCUGCAGCCCCCAGCAAAGACAGUGGCAAGAGGGAGCUUCGCCAGCCAGGAGAAUCCUAAAGCCUCCUCCUCCUUACACCAGGCUGGUGCGAACGCCCUCGCUGAAGGAGUACCCAAACCAUGCCAUCAGGCUGAUGCCCAGGGAGAUUGUGUCAGAGGAGCUGAAGUCCUGGCAUCAGAGGAAUCAGCUGCAGAAGUUAAGGCCAAGCUGUGUGGACCAGCAGAGCUCCCUGAGUGCCAAGAGCCCCACUUCACCUCAUCUGCCCUUAUUUCAACAGGGUUCAGGUAAUGUGAUCCUCCAGAGAGCUGCAGACGGAACUCCAAUCCAGUGGUUCAUCGCAGAGGAUGCUGAAAUCGUUAGCCAGGUGUAGCUGAGACGUCUACUGCUCUGCAGUUGUUCAGUAGGAUGUGUGUUUUUCUUAUCUAUUUAUCUCUGUAUUUAUUAAGGCUUUGGACUCUCUGUGAGAUUAUAUGUUGACAUGAUGCAGAAAACGUGGACCUGUCGGUACCCUAAUGUGCACACUUCCUCCUCAUCUUUUAAUUUAAAACUUAACGUAAGGUGAUAUGCCAGUUUUAUUUAUUCUGAAUUGUUUUCUAAAUGUUGAUGUUUCUAAAAAAUUUCAGAGGUGAAUACGAUUUUAUAAAUGUUACAAGUGGAUCAUCAAGACUUAAAACGAACUUGCUGUGGUUUCGGGAAUUUCUUUGUGGCUGGCACACAUUUUGCACAUAAAAUUCACCUACAGUAGUUUUCAACUUUGCCCAUUCUUAAUAUAAUUUUCAAUAUUAUCCAAUAUUUAUCUGUUACUGAAAGUUCCUCCCUUGCAACAUAGACAGAUAAAAAAAUGAUACACCUGUGAAAAUGCAUUGCUCUUUUUAAUAUAUAUUGUUAAAACUUAACAUCUGUCUGAUGUGAAGUGAGCUCCAUCUUCACAUUCACUAGUAACUCUUAAUAAUUAAUCACUGAUGCCUCUAACGGUGGUUUGAUGAAUGUUUUCACUGCAGUAUGGUGCUUUGUUACUAACCAAGUGAUUGUAUCAGUUUUGAUAUUUUUUUGUAUAUUUAU